CGCGGGUAGCUCAGAAAUCAAAAUCAAAAUCAAAACCACAAGAGAAGACAGAACAGCGAAUCGAAGAGAUCGGAAGGAUUUGAAGAAAUAACAAAAGAAGAAAAAGGCGAAGAAAAUGGCAGACGAAGGCACGGCAACCUGCGUCGACAUCCUUCUGGCCAUCAUCCUGCCUCCUCUCGGAGUCUUCCUCAAGUUUGGCUGCAAGGCUGAGUUCUGGAUCUGCUUGGUCCUCACCUUUCUGGGCUACCUCCCCGGAAUUAUCUAUGCCGUCUACGCCAUCACUAAGUGAUGACCUCUCUUACUGUGGACGUUGAACAGUGGUUAGGGGCGUUUAUGUCUUUUCGCAUUGCCCCUUGACGGACAGUCACAGCACUUAUUCUUUUUCUUAUUUUAAUUUCAAAUUUUCAUGUGUAUUAUUACUUGUGUCGAAUCUGCUUUGUAAUCGUACUCUUUGCUGUUUUUGUCCGAUGCACGAAGAAGAUGGGGUGUGAAUCUGGUAGUGUGAAGAUGUAUGGGGUGUGAAUCUUAUUAGCGUGUAGGUGUAUUUGGUGUCGGACAUCUCACAGAUUGUUAUUAUUAUUAUUAUUAUUCGUUCCGAGUGAACAAUGAUAAAAAUUCCACCCCAUUAAUAAUUAAUUAUUCCAUUAUUAUUUCUUCA